AUGCAUCAAAUUUCCAUACCAGAGGCUCCCAUCACAGAAAGGUACAAGGCACAUAUUCCCCCAGAUGGCUGCCUGCUGGAGAACUCGGGCGUCGUUCGGGCUACGUACGCUCCCACGUCUGAUGCACCGAACGGGACGGUCAAGGAUAGCUGGGCGGAGAAACACCAGCAUCAGACUGUCCUAGAACAACACUGCUCUUUCUUUGAUCCUGACGGCGACGGAAUCAUAUGGCCCACUGAUACUUACCGCACCUGCCGUUCAUUCGAAUGGUCGAUCCCCACCUCUCUGUUUUUCACCGGCUUCCUCCACGUCGUGCAGUCCUACAACACAGUUCCCGGUUGGCUGCCCGACCCGUUCUUCAGACUUUGGGUGAAAAAUGCAUACAUGAACAAACACGGCAGUGGGACAGGAACUUUUGAUACCGAGGGCCGUUAUAGGCCGCAGCCACUGGAAGAUUUCUUUACAAAAUUCGACAGCGACGGAAAGGGCGGUCUGACCAAGGGGGAACUGUGGCACGGACUGAGGAGAUCGAGACUGGCAUUUGACUUCUUUGGUCAAGUUUCUGCCAUGUUCGAAUGGGGAUUCGCCUGGGUAUUAAUCUGGCCCGAGGACGGGAUCCUGAGAAAGGAAGAUGUGAGGAGAUUGUUGGAUGGGAGUUUGUAUCAUGAAAAGGUGGCAGUCUCGGGGCGGCGCGAAAGAGGCCAGAAGACCUGUCUUCGCUCGCAAUCAGCUGAGCCUCUGCAGAGCAAGGCUUUAAAAAUACAGUGA